GGGAUGCCUGAGGAUGAAGAGGAAGAUGGUGAGAAGGAUGAUGACCCCAAUAUCCCCAGUGCUGCUAAUCUAGACGAGAAAGAAAGGGAGCAGUUAAGAGAGCAGGUCUAUGAUGCCAUGGCUGAACCAGAGAAGCCGGAGAAAUCUGCCGAAGAGACCAAGACUAACGGAAAGGCAGAGAAUGGCGACGUGGACAUGGAAGAGGUGGACAAGCCAUCUGAAGAGAAAAUGGAAGAAACUCCUGUGUCCAGCUCUGAGAAGGUGGAUAAAGGUGAGAAGAGCGCUGCUGUGACUGAAGAGAAGGGUGAGGCUGUGACUAAAGAGAAGAGCACAGAUGAAUCCAAGGAUCAGGAGAAGAGUGCAGAGGAAUCUAAGAAAGAAAAGAGCGCAAAGGCAGAAGAGAAGAGCACUGAGGAAUCAAAGGGUAAGAGCGCCAAGGCAGAGAAGAGCACCAAGGAAUCAAAGGGAAAGAGCACAGAGGCAGCAAAGGCAGAAGAG